AUGCCUGUUGUAACUGUACCCAUGUCUGUUGUAACUCUGUCCAUGCCUGUUGUGACUCUGUCCAUGUCUGUUGUGACUCUGUCCAUGCCUGUUGUGACUCUGUCCAUGCCUGUUGUGACUCUGUCCAUGUCUGUUGUAACUCUGUCCAUGACUGUUGUAACUCUACCCAUGCAUGUUGUAACUCUACCCAUGUCUGUUGUAACUCUACCCAUGCAUGUUGUAACUGUACCCAUGUCUGUUGUAACUCUACCCAUGCAUGUUGUAACUCUACCCAUGUCUGUUGUAACUCUACCCAUGACUGUUGUAACUCUACCCAUGCAUGUUGUAACUCUACCCAUGACUGUUGUAACUCUACCCAUGACUGUUGUAACUCUACCUAUGCCUGUUGUAACUCUACCCAUGUCUGUUGUAACUCUACCCAUGUCUGUUGUAACUCUACCCAUGUCUGUUGUAACUCUACCCAUGUCUGUUGUAACUGUACCCAUGUCUGUUGUAACUCUACCCAUGUCUGUUGUAACUGUACCCAUGUCUGUUGUAACUCUACCCAUGUCUGUUGUAACUGUACCCAUGUCUGUUGUAACUCUACCCAUGUCUGUUGUAACUCUACCCAUGUCUGUUGUAACUCUACCCAUGUCUGUUGUAACUCUACCCAUGUCUGUUGUAACUCUACCCAUGCAUGUUGUAACUCUGCCCAUGUCUGUUGUAACUCUACCUAUGCCUGUUGUAACUCUGCCCAUGUCUGUUGUAACUCUACCUAUGCCUGUUGUAACUCUGCCCAUGUCUGUUGUAACUCUACCCAUGCAUGUUGUAACUGUACCCAUGUCUGUUGUAACUCUACCCAUGCAUGUUGUAACUCUACCCAUGUCUGUUGUAACUGUACCCAUGUCUGUUGUAACUCUACCCAUGCAUGUUGUAACUCUACCCAUGCAUGUUGUAACUCUACCCAUGUCUGUUGUAACUCUACCCAUGCAUGUUGUAACUGUACCCAUGUCUGUUGUAACUCUACCCAUGCAUGUUGUAACUCUACCCAUGUAUGUUGUAACUCUACCCAUGCAUGUUGUAACUCUACCCAUGUCUGUUGUAACUCUACCCAUGCAUGUUGUAACUCUACCCAUGACUGUUGUAACUCUACCCAUGCAUGUUGUAACUCUACCCAUGUCUGUUGUAACUCUACCCAUGCAUGUUGUAACUCUACCCAUGACUGUUGUAACUCUACCCAUGACUGUUGUAACUCUACCCAAGACUGUUGUAACUCUACCCAUGACUGUUGUAACUCUACCCAUGCAUGUUGUAACUCUACCCAUGUCUGUUGUAACUCUACCCAUGCAUGUUGUAACUCUACCCAUGUCUGUUGUAACUCUACCCAUGACUGUUGUAGCUCUACCCAUGCAUGUUGUAACUCUACCCUUGACUGUUGUAACUCUACCCAUGCAUGUUGUAAUUCUACCCAUGACUGUUGUAACUCUACCCAUGCAUGUUGUAACUCUACCCAUGACUGUUGUAACUCUACCCAUGCAUGUUGUAACUCUACCCAUGACUGUUGUAACUCUACCCAUGCAUGUUGUAACUCUACCCAUGACUGUUGUAACUCUACCCAUGCAUGUUGUAACUCUACCCAUGCAUGUUGUAACUCUACCCAUGACUGUUGUAACUCUACCCAUGCAUGUUGUAACUCUACCCAUGACUGUUGUAACUCUACCCAUGCAUGUUGUAACUCUACCCAUGACUGUUGUAACUCUACCCAUGCAUGUUGUAACUCUACCCAUGACUGUUGUAACUCUACCCAUGACUGUUGUAACUCUACCCAUGCAUGUUGUAACUCUACCCAUGACUGUUGUAACUCUACCCAUGCAUGUUGUAACUCUACCCAUGACUGUUGUAACUCUACCCAUGCAUGUUGUAACUCUACCCAUGACUGUUGUAACUCUACCCAUGACUGUUGUAACUCUACCCAUGCAUGUUGUAACUCUACCCAUGACUGUUGUAACUCUACCCAUGACUGUUGUAACUCUACCCAUGCAUGUUGUUUUAAGUGUUCUGCUUUCAUUAGAGCAAAUUGCCAAGUAUCAGAACAUAAUGAUGACUGGAUCCUAG